UAUGACAUCGCUUGUAGUUUCACUUCUGGAUCAAACAUUGCAGUAAAGGAGUCUGUAUGCUGUCAAUGUGAAAUCGUUUAAUGGAAUUUUGUCAUGGAAUCGAACUUGUGAAUGAACCUGAAUACAUAACAACGACAGCCGAAAUGGUUGUGUACAUCUGGGCAAGGUCUAUCAAUAUAUUAGGACUGUCGUUGUAUUGUGGACCUUCAUCAGUUGAUGAAGUUAGUGAAUCACGUGAGCCAGUUCCGGGAUGCGGUAUCUAUUGUCAGAUCAUUAACUCUCUGCUGGACUGACAACGUAGUCAUACUGAAAUCGGGAAGUGAGCGACAGUUGACGUGGUAGUAUACAUCUGGGCGAGGUCACCCAAACGAUGUCAAGGUUUACCGCGCAAAAUCUCAUUCUAACUGAUCUAAUUCGUCAGCCAACGUCUAUACAAAUUCCUGUGUGUGUGUAUUGAAAAGCUGACAGCAAUAUUAUGCAACUGGACCAUUCCCACUGUGAGUUGACAGCACGACAUUAGUUCGAUUUCCGGCACGCCGUUUAUCCAGACCAUGCAUGUGCGCAGCUGGAUAAUCGACAUUGUAAACAGAUGCCCUCUUGAACUGAACUUUAGACUCCUCACUGGAAAGUUUGAAUGCAAGCAGCAUUCUGUAUAUGUGUCAGCAAUUUCUGUGCGAUGUGAUUUAGUGACACGGUGUAUUCGAGAACAGUUUCCUGCUAACAUAACAAAAUGUCACUGCUUGUAGACUUUGUGAAAUUCAUCGAAACGUAUCGAGGCCGCGACAAGAUCAUCCGGCUAUGUUCUUAUGCAGCAAUGUUUAUCGGUGGGGACAGCAAUUCUCCCAUCUCAGAGAAGGCACGUGUGAUUGGCCGCGAGCUGAGCGCGUGCAGGGUGAUCCUUCGACUGUUCGAUGACCUGCCUAUGCUGGCAUAUAACCUGCAGUAUGGACUGGGACGCAAGGAGAAGAACCCUUGCCUACGUGUGUGUGAGCUAGGCUCGAACCUGGUCAACCAGCUGUACUACCCUGUUGAGCACAUUGCCUGGUGUGCCGACAAGCAGAUCCUGAACAUCAAAUCUGGCAGCCUCUGGUUAGCGGGUCUCAUCCUGUGGGCCAUCUCUCUCACACUGCAAGCCUUCAAGUGCUUGCUGACCAUUGCGAAGUUAAAAAAAUCAGCCAGCAGACUAAAGAAACAGAGGUAUCUUGACACCCAAGACCAAUAUUACGAGAACUCAGAACAGCGGGAAGAGCUGCGGAUGCAGCUUCACAGUUUACAGAGUGACAUCUUCAGCCAGUACCUGCUCCUGGUUCAGUCAAUGGCCGACCUCCUCAAUGCCAUCAACUGGCUGCCCAAAGGAUUUCUAUGGGCGGGACGGUUUGGUGCCGCCAAGUCGGGUCUGUUCGGCCUCACCUCCUCGCUCAUCAUGCUGUUCCGCCACUGGUACACCCGGUCCUGAUACUCCGCGUCAUACUUCAGACAUACAACAUUAGAAUUAAGAAAGAUAUUCCCCGGAUACAAUGUAAAAUAUAUUCCAACUAUGUGAAAAAUACUUUACCUGUAAUCAAAACCUACAUUCCCUAGAUAUACAGCAGAAUAAUAUUAUAUUUUGUGCCAAGGUAUUCAUGUUUAAAGGAGUUUGAAAUAUGAUAUACAAAACAAAAUGUUCUUUUUUAUUAUUGUAUAGUCAGAAUUGCUAAUAAUUGCAACUUGUUUCAGAUGUCAAUUAAUCCAGAUUGUACAUAUAUUAUUAGGGCUGGCUAUCGAUAUAUAGAUUGUAGCGAUCGAUCAUGGUUAUACUCAUGUCAGUUGAGAAAUAUUGAAGUAACUUUGAGCAAAAAUGACGAAAAA